AUGCUCAGCAGCAGGCAUUUGACAGCAAUCGAAGCGAUCAUGUUCAUUUAUUGCUCAACGAUUUUCACUUUCAGAAAAUACUUCAAAGGUGCACAAUUCAAAGAGAACAUUUCGGCAAAAGGCAAAAUUGUGUUCGUGACUGGUGCNAAUAAUGGUAUUGGUAAGCAGACGGCAAGGGAGUUGAACUUAAGAGGUGCCAAAGUGUAUAUGCUAUGCAGAAACGAAGAUCGUGCUCGAAGCGCUCGUAUCGAUUUAGUCAAGCUGGGUUGUGAGCCAACACGUUUGAUUAUCAAGCAAGUCGAUUUAGCUAAUUUCUCAAGUAUUCGCCAAUUUGCGGCUGAUAUUAAAAACGAAGUUGACAAGGUGGAUGUUCUAAUCAACAAUGCAGGUAUUAUGUUCUAUCCACGAUUCGAGAAGACUGUUGAUGGUUUCGAGACCACUUGGCAGACAAAUUAUCUUGGGCAUUUUCUGCUCACCGAAUUGAUGUUACCAAUAUUAAGAAAGUCACCAGGUGCUCGCGUCAUCAACGUUUCGAGUGCACUUCACAAGAGUGCCGAUAGUGUUGAAUUUUCGGUAGUCAACGACAAGAAGAAUUUCAACCGUUCACUUCCAUACAAUCGUUCGAAACUUGCUCAAGUAAUGCAUGCACGAGAGCUGACGCGUCGUUUACGUACAAUGGAUCCAACGUGCACCGUCACAAUCAAUUCACUACAUCCUGGCGUGUGUUAUACGGAUUUGGGUCGUUUCACAUACCUCAACAAAACACCUCUCAAGCAAAUUUUCGCUCCUCUUUUGUGGCUCAUCAUGAAAACCGAUAAGGAUGGCGCACAAACGUCACUUUUUCUUGCGUUGAGCAAACAAGUUGACGGUAUAUCCGGGAAAUACUUCGGAGAAUGUAAAGAGCAUGAACCGUCACCAAAAGCUCUCGACAACGACGCUUCUAAUGUGUUAUACAAUGACAGUCUUGAAGCAGUUGGGCUAGGCAAGUAA